ACAUUUUAAACAGAAGAGUUCAGACACUGUUGGCUUUUUAGAUUGACCUUUUAUUCCUGAUUUAACAUUUUGUAUGUGAUUUGUGAUGUCUUCCCAGAAGAAGGGUUGGUGGAGAGCCAUUCAUUCCCAUUAUUGAUUCCAGAUGUAUUUCUAAAAAGCGUUUUACGUGAGCAGCUGAGGACGUUUUCAACGUCAAAUAUUGACACACACAGAUUCACAUCGAAACUUACGUUAAUAACCUGGAAACGCUAAAGGCAAUUUUUCUAAAAUAACUUAAAUCAACCAACACGAGGAUGAGCAAACAAGCUCUCCUUUCAUUGACCUGCAGAUGAAUUGGCAGCGGACGGAAAAGAGUUGUGUUGCAAACUGAACCCCGUUCGCUUCAGGAAGUUGAAAACUUGCAACGUUUGCAGAACGGAGGAGGAAUACGAUGGGGGAAAAAUACAACGUUCAACCUUUGAACUGUCUUAGCAGUCACAAGACCUACGCUGUUUUAAAUCACUGUCCUGUAGGCUAUCAAACCGGUGCGGGCCACUAUGAGGCGGUCAUAAAGGAAUUCGUUUUGUUAAAACGGUUGGGGGACUAAAGAGUGAAAGAACUAACGGGAAAACAAAGAGAUCAAAAGGAGCGUCAUCGCAGCCCUCUAUAUGUUGCCGAGCGUCAUUUGGAAAGGGGAGAAAAACGAGGCCAGACCGUCAUCAUCAUGUCAGCUGUUCAUUUCAGUCCAGGGUUGGAUUCCAAAGAAGUUAAUGGUGUUGAGAAGGUUGAUACGCUGGAGGAGGCUACGGUGAAAAUAGAUGAUGGGAAGGAUGAGUGUGUUGGACCUGACACCAUGUACCAACGUAUUCGGAAGAAGAUCGCUCCUUUUGUCAUGUCCUUUGGAUUCCGGAUCUUCGGUGUGGUGCUGAUCAUUGUGGAUGUGGUGCUGGUGAUCGUAGACUUGUCCCUGCCGUCUCGCAGCAGAGGGGUGGGGGAAGCUCUCGAAACGGUCUCCCUCCUCAUCGCGCUCUUCUUCCUCGCUGAUGUGUUGCUGCGGGUCUAUGUGGAGGGGUUCAAGGUGUAUUUCAGCUCCCGACUGAACAGUAUAGAUGCCUGUAUAGUUAUAAUCACCCUGGGCGUCAACAUGAUCUACACCUUCUCUGACCUGAACGGCCCCAGCCUCAUACCCAGGGUGGUAACGUUCCUGCGUUUUCUGAGGAUUAUAAUCUUGGUCAGGAUCUUCAGAUUAGCCUCUCAGAAGAAGGAGCUGGAGAAGGUCACCAGGAGGAUGGUGUCUGAGAACAAACGUCGCUAUCAGAAGGAUGGCUUUGACCUUGACCUCACCUAUGUCACAGAUCGCGUCAUUGCCAUGUCUUUCCCCUCCUCUGGGAAACAAGCCCUCUACCGGAACCCAAUCAGGGAGGUUGCUAGGUUCCUAGACACCAAACAUGAAGACCACUACAAAGUGUUCAACCUCUGCAGUGAGAAAGGAUACGACCCCCAGUUCUUCCACUACAGAGUAGAACGGGUGUUUAUCGACGACCACAACGUACCCUCUUUAGAGGACAUGCUGAAGUACACAGCCAGUGUGAGGGAGUGGAUGGCAGCCGACCCCAGAAAUGUCAUUGCUAUACACUGUAAAGGAGGAAAAGGUCGUACAGGGACCCUGGUGUGUACCUGGCUCAUUGACAGUGACCAGUUUGAGAGUGCUCAGGACAGCUUGGACUACUUUGGAGAGCGGAGAACUGACAAAAGCCGCAGUUCCAAGUUCCAGGGAGUUGAGACCCCAUCUCAGAGCAGGUACGUGGGUUACUAUGAAGUGAUGAAGACUAAGUUCAAUAGACAACUUCCUCCAGAACGGAGCCUGAAGAUCAAGAGCAUCCGCAUCCACUCCAUAGCAGGUGUGGGUAAAGGAAAUGGCAGUGACUUGAAGGUGAAGAUCAUUGUGAGGAAGGACCUGGUUUUCCAGUGUGUCUGUGCCAAACAACAGAACUGCACGGUGUUUCCUGAUGCGGGUACCAAUGCAGUGGUGAUCAGCCUUCAGGAGGGGCCUGUUGUCAAUGGCGACGUCAAGGUCAUGUUUGAGUCCUCUGCUGGUCUACCUAAAGGUUAUGAAGACUGUCCCUUCUACUUCUGGUUCAACACCUCCUUCAUAGAAAACAACAAACUAUUCCUGUCUAGAGAAGAAUUGGACAACCCCCACAAGGCCAAGACCUGGGAUCUCUACAAGGAGGACUUUGGAGUCACUCUGUUCUUCACAGACCCAUGACUGCCUUCUCCACUUUGACCCUUAAAAUCAUCCCCCUACUUUGGAACCCCAUUGAGAAGGAAGGCACUGGAUAAGGAUUUGGGUGACGUUUGGGAUGUAUGCCUACUUUGAACCCUGACCUUUAUCUGUGAGGCCUUUUUUGAGAGGUUGAAGGGACGGCACCUCCUGAUCCUCAUCUACUCUACUACCUGCCAUCCCUGACCAAGUCUCAAUCAUCAGUUCUUCCUCCUGAAGUGGCCCCUUGUUCAGGCACUUUGGAAAAAGAAAAAACAGUUGUAAAACAUCCUAUAUAAACACUCUGUAGUUCAUGCCUUUACUUAUCUUAUGUGGGAAAUGGUGAACAACGCUUCAGGAGAAUGGAGGUCUUAUUGGGACCAACGAUGUCUGCUUGCACUGAGAUAAGGAGACCGUCCUGUUGUUGAUCUGUGUUUUCUCAUUUUCUGUUACUUGUUUUUUUUUUUUUUUUUACAUUUCUAUAGAACAUGACCAUUUGGGUGUGAGAGAUGGCCAUUAAUAAAACCUGAAGGGUUUCAUGGUGACCUUGUCAGUAUCUUCCAUGGAUGUUAAUUUAACCCAGUCCUGGACUGAAAAGAUAUUAAAGUAAUAUUCUUAAUUGGUUCAGGAUUAGGUUAAUUUGUAUUUUGGGAACCCAGGCCAUAUGAAUAAAAUCUUGAAUACGUAAAUUUUCUCCUGUAAAUCUCAAGGGCAAUAAUAUGUAAAAUAUAGAUGACUUGUGUAAAUAAUCUGAAAUUACUUGUUAGGCAUGGUCUAAUAAAACUGGCAAAAACCAUCUCUGUACAGUCUUAAUGAGUACUGGAACUGUAGUUAUUUCCAGUUUGAGGUUAACUGAUCCUUGUAAAAAUAAAACCGUUAUGGAUUCAGUGAAUUGGCAAAUCCAUGCAUUCAAAUUUAAAAUAAAUCAACAUGCAUCCA